CAUUUGCGGGACCGUAUCGUAGACUGAAAGUUGGCAUUUACUCCGCGUCUAUCCCAAACCACUGCCUGUACGUGUAAGCAGUUGCUCUUACGUCACGUCUACUUCUUUGGAGCAAAGAGAUUUUGCGAUCCGAGGCGGCGGAGCGGAGAUAAGGCCAGGGCGAGCUGGAGACCUCCGUGGCCGCCGCGACGGCUCGGCGCGGCCGCGGCUGCAGCGGAGGUCCUAGCGAGCUGUUUGCGCCUGCCACUGCUGGCGCAGCACAACUUGCGUCGCAGCUGGAAGCCCCCAGCUGCCUCCGAGCGGUCAUGCCGCGCCGAGCGGUCCGGAUAGGCCGCGAGCGGCACGCCCGCCGAUGCGCCGAAAGGCCGUCGUUUGGCCGUCGUUUGGAGCGUUUGGCGGCCGCGGCCUGCGGACCGGCGGCCUGUGGAGAGACCACGAGGAAACCGAGCGAGAGAGAGACAAGUCCGUCGAGAGAACUAACCCCCCCGCCCCCCCGCGCAGACGUGACCAUGGCCAAGACCGCGGCGCUCUCGCUCUGCCUGGCGGUCGCCUCGGCGUUCCAGGGCCCCGCGCCGGCGCGGCCCGCGCCGCAGCUCGCGGCGUCGCCGAACAACCAGUACCAGAACGCGCUCGGCGCCCAGGCGCCGGCGGGCUUCUGGGACCCGAUCGGCAUCUCCGACGGCAUCAGCCCGGAGCAGUUCCAACGGUACCGCAACGUCGAGCAGAAGCACGGCCGCAUCGCGAUGAUCGCGACGAUCGGCUACGUCGUGCCCGAGAAGUUCGGCACCUUCGGCGACAUCAAGCUCGGCGGCGACGUCAAGUUCUCGGACGUGCCGAACGGCGUCCAGGCGCUGUUCAAGAUCCCGGCGGUGGGCCUCCUCCAGAUCCUCCUCCUCAUCGGCAUCCUCGAGACGCAGUUCCCGAACGAGAACGGCGACUACGGCACGGGCUACUUCGGCCAGUCGCUCGAGGAGCCGCUCAAGAGCCGCAAGCUCGCCAUGGAGAUCGCCAACGGCCGGCUCGCGAUGCUCGGCAUCAUGGGCCUGCUCGCGCAGGACGUCGUCACGGGCGGCCACCCGCUCGCCGGCCCGAACUUCGGCGAGGGCGGCUUCGUGUCGCUCUAGGUUUGUUCGUCAUUGGAGCCGCGCGCUCGGGACGGGCGCGGCGCGUCUAAAAAAAACUGAAUGGUACUACAC